UUUCCCGUGCGGUAUAUAAGGCAGCCCCAGAGAGCGCUGCUCUCUUUUUUUUUCUCAACCGCCGUGGCUGUAGGUGUUGGUGUGAGGGCCAGAGCCCACAGCCUCUGCCAGGAUGCCCGUUGCCAGGAGCUGGGUGUGCCGGAAGACCUAUGUCACCCCUCGGCGCCCCUUCGAGAAAUCCCGCCUCGACCAGGAGCUGAAGCUCAUUGGCGAGUACGGGCUGCGGAACAAGCGGGAGGUUUGGCGGGUGAAGUUCACCCUGGCCAAGAUCCGCAAGGCGGCCCGAGAGCUGCUCACGCUGGAUGAGAAGGACCCCAAACGCCUCUUUGAAGGCAAUGCCCUGCUGCGACGGCUGGUGCGCAUCGGGGUGCUGGACGAGGGCAAGAUGAAGCUGGAUUAUAUCCUGGGCCUCAAGAUUGAGGAUUUCCUGGAGCGGCGCCUCCAGACCCAGGUCUUCAAGCUGGGCCUGGCCAAGUCCAUCCACCACGCCCGGGUGCUGAUCCGCCAGAGGCACAUCCGGGUGCGGAAGCAGGUCGUGAACAUCCCGUCCUUCAUCGUGCGCCUGGACUCACAGAAGCACAUUGACUUCUCGCUGCGCUCACCUUAUGGGGGCGGCCGGCCUGGCCGUGUCAAGAGGAAGAACGCCAAGAAGGGGCAGGGUGGCGCCGGCGGGGCGGAUGAGGAAGAGGAGGAUUAAAGGCCUGGCAGCUCCCCCUGCUGGGCAGCCUGCACUGCUGUAUCAAUAAACCAGUUUGGAGUGGGGCUGAA